CCAAGCUGUAAUCAUCCAUUUUCGAAGGUCACAAGAUCUGUCCAUUCUUGGUCCCAGUUGUCGCCAUGGAACGAGACACCGCCGCCGUGAAUGCUAGCAUGCAGAAGGCCGCUAAGAAACUACAAGAUGCCAUCAUGGGCGUACGCAAGGCUCGUCAGAAUCAACCAAUGCACAGUCAAGUCAACGUCGAGGAGACCCUGCCGCGAGCAGCGGCAUCAUCAAGGCAUGGCACUUUAACAAGCAAAGCUCUGCCGUCGUCGUCAUCGUGGCUACAUGACGAGUACUUGGAGUCCAGUGACAGCGAGAUGGAAGAACAUGACGACGUGUCGAUUGGGUCGACCAUGAGCGACGAAGACCUUGCCGGGGAGGACAACCAACUGUCCGCUUGCACGAGUCCGACCAAAUCCACUGAACAACGCCCUCACAACGAGUUGCGCCAUUCUAGUGCGAGUGGUAGCCUUCCCUCCAUCAACGACAGGUUUGCCGACCCCCUCCCCUCCGAUCCUCGGGCCGCGGCAGUGGACUCUAUGAUCGACCAGAUGAAGUUGAAAAUGGACGAACUCUCGGAACUCAAGGCCACCAUCAUGCACACAUUUGUCCAUGCAUGUGGUCGCAUCGAUGCGUUCGUGCGCUCGACGAUAGGCCAGCCGCCGCGGCUACACCAUGUCGAGGUUAUGCCAGACAUCCAGCACAUGGACCAAGUCGUGUCACGAUGGGAGCGGUCGUUGGCAGAUUGGAAUAUGCGCGUGCGGGAAGACCUGGCUCACGAAUGUCGCCGUGAAGUGCUCGGAAUGCAACAAGCAUGGCGGUUGCAAGAAGACGUGGACCAAGACAAUCGAAUGCAAAUGGCCAUGGAGGAUGGCGCGGCAGUCACGUGGCGGCGAUGGCAUCGCAGCCAUGAAUCUUUAGCUCCCACGAUGAGGAUUGAGAUGCCUGCCAAGAUGACACUCCAACAAGAAGAAGCCAAUGAGGCCAUGCACAUGCACGUGGAAGACUGGCAGAGUCGAUGCAUGGUUCUGCACACUCAGCUACGACAUGCUCGGACCGAGACUGAAGCGCACAAACAUGGACAUGCGAUGCUGCGGCUGCAAUUGACGUCAAUAGACGCUCGAUUGCAGGAAGCUAUCCACCAAGUGCACAUGCAAGAGGAGAUCGCCGCGCAUGUCCAGUCGACCCAGGAGCACAACAUGCGCGAAGUCGAAGCGCUCAACUACAAACUGCUCAAUACACUGGUGGACCAAGACCGGCAGCUGCAGCUCAAGGAAGCCGCCAUGCUCGAGCGCAUCCAAGCCAUCGACGCUGACCGCGCGCAGCUCAGAUGCGAACACUUGGCGUUUGAACAGCAAAAGAAGGCCAUCCUCAGCGACCUCAAGAACGUCUGCGACUACUUUUCCACCUACGAGUCGAGCCAUCCGUCGUCGUCCGCCAAGGACGACUUGCGACUCGAGAUGCUGCGCACGGUGGCCAAGUAUUGAACCCGUCGACACGCCACCACUUUGCACGUGGGGAUGGAUGGUCAAGGGAGUUGAUUGUUGGAUGGCCAUAUGUCUAGUUCAUGCGGCCGAUGCAGUUGGGAGCGCCGCAGUCACAUCGCAGCGCUUCGUCUUCGAUUGGAAACUUGUAAUCGUACGUGACUUCGUCGCCAGGUUGGAGCGACACCUUGGCAAAAAUGAUAAUUUUCUUUUCGUUGCCGUCGAUGCUGAUGAUCCGGGCAUUUGCUUUUGGCUACAAAAUCACAUGGGCACAAUUAGGCAUCAAAUAUACAUAUAUAUAUAUAUAUAUUUGCAAACCACACAUCACAUCUAUAUAUAUAUAUAUACUAGUAUUCACUAACAAUGAUAAAAUAUAUAUACGUUCA